UUUUAGUCUUUUCUCGUGUGGAUUGAUAAUUUAACAUUUUCCAUAAAAUGUUUUACACAUCUCUUGUGUUGUGUUUGUGGACUCUGGUUGGUGUGUUUGGUGAUGAAGUGAAGUCAGUGUCAGUGAUGGAGGGACAUUCUGUUACUCUAAACACUAAUAUUACUGAAAUAAAGAGAGGUGAUGAGAUCGAGUGGUGGUUUGGAAACAUCAGCAUAACCAGAAUUGAGAAAUCAGACAUCAAUCUUAUAUAUGAAGAUAUUCAUGAGACUCAAAGAUUCAGAGACAGAGUGAAGCUGAACAAUCAGACUGGAGAUCUCACCAUCACAAACAUCAGAACUGAACACACUGGACUUUAUCAACUAAAUAUUCUUAUUGGAAAUAAUCCGCCAGUCAAAAGAUUUUUUAAUGUUACUGUUAAUGUUUCUCCUACUGUCAGCAUCACUGAGUCAACACAAAAUCCAUCAGACUUUCUGAACAAACAUGAAUUCCAUCAUGAUAAAGGUGAGAGAGUUUUCAUCUUUAAAAUAAUUGAACUGAACUCUUACAGAUGUGUUGUUGUUGUUGUUGUUGUUGUUGUUUAUACUCCAUCAGGAAGACUGCAGUCAGAUCAUAUGGUUGUCAUCUGUUGUGCUGUUGUUGGAUCUCUGAUGAUUGUAGCUUCAGUUUUGAUCUUCUGGAUCUACAGGAAACACAAAAACACACAACAGGAUCAGAGCGCUGAAGAUGAAGACGCUUACGCGAAUACAACAUUUCACAAAAUAAAAACACAAACAAAGGUAAAAUAAUGAUGAUCGGUUUUGUUUCAUUUCAGUGAAUCAGAUUUGCGUGUCGUUUUUAUAGAUAUAAAACAUUGUUAAUAUUCAAUUUAAGUCAUUAUUAUCGGUGUUGAUCUGUUUAUAUAUAUGUGUUUUAAAUGUUCAUAAUCCACAUGACUGAGUUUUUUUUCUCUUUUGUGUUUUCUUACAGAAAUCUGAAAUAACAGAAGUGGUUUACACAUUUUACAAUAUUAAAACAUAUCAAACUCCUCUCUUAUCUUACUUAUAAUGUAUUUUAUGUGUUUUCAUUUCAUCUCUGUAUUGUGUUGAGUUUGUUGUGAUCUUGAAUGUUAAUGUAUUUUAUCAGUUUGUCCUUUAAUCACACCUAUGUGUGCUAGUUGUGUAUUAAAUUUUAAAUCUGUGGUCAUAAAUUGGUUAACAGAUUCUGACUUUGCUGUUUUUACUCUUUUAGUAACUUCAGUAGAUGAUUAUAGAGAUAAUAAAAGAUAGACAGUAAAGCUGAAACAUGACUACAGAGAUUUGAUCUCAUUCAGAGCAUCAGUGAAUAUACAGAUAUAAUUCAACACUUUUUAAUGUAAAGACAUCAAUGGCAUCUGUUUUUAUUUUAUUUUAUAUUAUUAACAUUUAAUAUCAUAAAACGUUACAGUCGAUAUUACGUGUUAUUUCUUUAUAAGCAGUCACGUGAUUAAUUGUAUGUUGUAUGACCUCUAGUGGUGAGAUGAGAAAACUGCAUUGAAUGUGAGACAUCAGAAGAUGAUAUUCAUUAUAUUAAAGUGGAGAAUUGCGUUAUUUUUAAUAAAACUAUAAGAUUAUUGAUUUGAUUGUGUGUUUUUAUUUAAUUCAGUGCAGUUUUUUUGUAUGAGAAAGUUUCACCUCAGAUAUCUACAGUAGUUCGGGUUGUGAAGAUCUUCAGAGGUUUGAGAAGUGAGACAGACUGAUCUGGAUUCUGUGAUAUU